AUGUCCCGUGCCCCCCCGUCUCGGUUCGACAUCCCCCGCAACCUCAGCUACAUCUCCGGCCUGUACGAGAAGGCCUACUACGCCUCGCAGAGGCCCGGCGCCGGGAGGGAGGAGGAGGAGGAGGAGACCGGGGCCUCGGGGAGCGGGAGCCACCAGCAGCAGCAGCAGCAGCGGAGGAGGAGGAGGAGGAGGAGGAGGAGGGCCCGCUCGCUCCCGGCCAGGGCUGAGCUUGGCCGCAGCCGCAGCCCCGACACCCGCAAGAGGGUGCGCUUCGCCGACUCGCUGGGCCUGGAGCUGGCCGCGGUCAAGCGCUUCAGCCAGUGGGAGGCGCCGCGGGUGCCCAGCCACGUGCAGGCCCAGCUGCAGCGUGACGCCAUCCGCCAUUUUGCCACUUGUCAGCCCGACUGCAGCCCGCCCCGGCCCCUGGAGCCCACCUUCGCCAACCCCAUCUGCUCGGUGGACUUCCUGCAGCGGGUGGGCCGGGAGAAAGUGUGCCUGGAGGGGGUGGCCGUGGAAAGGUUUCGCUUGUGGGGCACCGUGCGGGUGCUGAACCUGGCGUUCCGCAAGGAGGUGACGGUGCGGCACACGGUGGACGACUGGCGCUCCUACUCCGACACGCCGGCCUCCUACAUCCCCCAGUCCGCCGACCGCCAGACCGACCGCUUCUCCUUCGAGCUGGCGCUGCCCCCUUACCUGGCGGGCAGCAGCGUCCAGCUGGCCGUGCGCUACCGGGCCGGCCAGGCCGAGUACUGGGACAACGACGGCGGCCGCAACUACAGGCUGCGUCCGGCCUUGGAGGCUCGCCCCUCGCUGCCCCCUGUGGACUGCGACACCGGCUGGGUUCACUUUGUGUGA